CACUCAAAAUCUGAACUUUAAUCAAAGGACAGAGAAUGAUGUGGGAGAGAAGAAGAACCCUUCAGCAUUUGAAUCCUUGCUACUCUUCCUCAUGGGAACCAUUUUUCCUCCUCACUCUCUCUCUCCACUCUUCAACAUCAAAGCCUCACCUUCAAAAAUCCUCUUGUCUCCCUCUCUACAACCCAAGUCAAAUUCUCUCUUUUGCUCUAAACCCAUUGUUGCCGGUCUCAGAAAGAACCAAACUUUAUCUCUUAAACCAUCCUUGCCUUCAUGCACAAGCUGGUUGGAUCAUGCUCAACAGGGCCUAGCUGCUUUGGCUAUCUCCUUGGCACUCAACUUUAGCCCAAUCUUGCACAGUGGCAAUGCACUGGCAUCUGAGUUUGAUGUACUUAACGAGGGUCCACCCAAAGAAUCUUAUGUGGUUGACGAUGCUGGAGUGCUUAGUAGAGUGACAAGGUCUAAUUUGAAGCAGUUAUUGUCGGAUUUGGAAUUUAGGAAGAACUUUCACAUCAACUUCAUUACAGUUAGAAAACUCACGAGCAAAGCUGAUGCUUUUGAGUAUGCUGACCAAGUUUUGGAGCGUUGGUAUCCUUCUGUAGAAGAUGGUAACAACAAGGGUAUUGUGGUUCUUGUCACGAGUCAGAAAGAAGGAGCAGUUACUGGUGGACCAGCUUUUGUCCAAGCUGUAGGAGAAAAUAUCCUUGAUGCCACUGUCUCAGAGAACCUUCCAGUAUUGGCUACGGAUGAGAAGUACAAUGAAGCUAUUGUUAGCACUGCUAAACGGCUAGUUGCUGCCAUUGAUGGGCUUCCAGAUCCUGGUGGACCCAAAUUUAAAGACAAUAAACGUGAGUCUAACUUCAAAACCAAGGAAGAGACAGAAGAGAAACGUGGACAAUUCUCUCUUGUAGUUGGAGGUUUGUUGGUCAUUGCAUUCGUUGUUCCUAUGGCACAAUACUAUGCUUAUGUGUCCAAAAAGUAAGAAAAUGGUUAUAUAAUUAGAUCCGUCUUCCAAAUUCUCACUCUUUAAAUUCAGAUGUAUAAUGUGCAGUUGUAACCAUACUCAUGAUACAAUUGAGUGUUUGAGAAAACUGGAGAAUAAGAUAAAGAGUUUUGGCUUGUAAAUGCAAUUCCAAAGUAUGUACGUUGGACUAUUUUUAAAUGCCAGUUUUUUUAAUGUA